AUGCACUCUCGCUCCCUGGUCUCUGGUCUUCCCAGGUCUCUGCUCUCCCUCCCUCCCUCACCUGCGCCGCCCUGCAUUCCUUGCGUCGAGGGGCGGCAGCGCGCCGCUCCUCACUCCUCCUCGUUCCCUCCCACAGAGGCUCCGCUGCAGACUCUCCACCUGGACGUGUGGGGCCCAGCCCGCGUCCAGGGGCAGGGCCGCGAGCGGUACUUCCUACUGGUUGUCGACGACUACACGCGUUACACCACGGUCUUCCCCUUGCAGCGCAAGGGGGAUGUCCCUGCUGUUCUGAUCCCUUGGAUCCGCGCUGUUCAUCUCCAGCUCCGCGAGCGGUUCGAGUCGGACUUUCCUGUCCUGCGUCUGCACUCUGACAGAUGUGGUCCUGCUGGGGGUGGUCCUGCUCGGGGUGCUGUCUCUGGGGGUGCUGAGCCUGGGGGUACGGAGCCUGAGCGAGAGGAGCCUGGGGGUGCUGAGCCUGGGGGUGCGGAGUCUGGGGGUGCUGUGCCUGAGCGUGAGGAGCCUGGAGGUGCUGAGCCUGGGGGUGCGGAGUCUGAGGGUGCUGAGCCUGUGCGUGAGGGGCCUGAGGGUGCUGAGCCUGGAGGUGCUGAGCCUGAGCGUGAGGAGCCUGGAGGUACUGCGCCUGGGGGUGCUGCGUCUGGGGGUGCUGAGCCUGAGCGUGAGGAGCCUGGGGGUGCUGAGUCUGGGGGUGCGGCGCCUGAGGGUACUGAGACUGCUGGUGCGCGGUCUCCUUGGAGUGGCCGCCUUCGUCCGCGUGUGCCUCUCACUUCAUCACAGCAGCUGCACGAGUGGUACGGUCGCCGUCAGGGUCGCGCUGCUGGAGCUCGGGGCUCUGCCGCUGGAGGUGCUUCUACUGCCGUCGCUGGAGCUGGGAGUGGUGCUGGUACUUUGUCUACUGGAGGUGCUGGAGUCGCUGGUCCCGGAGGUGCUCGUACUGGAGGUACUAGAGCUGCUGGGGCUGGAGGUGCUGAGCCUGUCUGGAGAGGUGCCGGUUCUGGGGGUGCUACUGCUGGUGGAGCUGGUCCUGGAGGCGCUAGCGCUGGGGGUGCUGGAGCUGCUGGAGGUGCUGGAGCUGCCGGUGCUGGUGGCACUACACAGCCGAGACUGUUCUUCGCUCCGCCGUCUCCGUCGUCUCAGCCACCGCCUGACUCUGUGCUUCGCCAGGUUCUUAGUCUCCCGUCUUCUACUGGUCUUCCGUUACAGCUUGGCUCACCGCUGCCUGCUCCUUCUCCUUACAUUGAGCAGAUAGGGGGUCUUUCUGAGCGUCGUGAGCCUGCGUCGCGUCUUGUCUCGCCUGUUCGUUCUGGUCGUACCGGUCGUCGUGUUCCUCGUCAGCGUCCGCCGGUUGUCCCCGGCGCGCACCUCCUAGCCCUUCGUCCUUCCUCUGCUCCGCAGCGUGUUCCUCUGCCGUCUCCCCCUGCGUCCUCUCUGCCUGACGUUGCGGACCCUGAGUCUGACCAGUUUCGUGCUGCACACCCUACUGUCACGCGUCUGUUAGCCACUGUUGUCACUGACCCGUCGUUUGAGUCUGCUGCUGCGUCUGCCUUGGUUGCUGAGCUUGUUGACUUUGCUGCUGCCUGUCCCGCUGCGCCUCAUCUCGUGGCCAUGCUGCUUGCCCCUGAGGGAGACCCGGAUGCACCAGACAUCCCGACCCCGCGAUCUUACGCUGAGGCGAUCGCGGGCCCCUACUCCUCUCAGUGGCAGACAGCCAUGGACGCAGAGAUGGCAUUCUGGAAGUCCACGCGCACUUACGUCGAUGAGGUUCCCCCUCCUGGGGCGAACAUCGUCGAUGGCAUGUGGAUUUUCAGGGUGAAGCGGCCGCCGGGUUCUCCUCCUGUCUUCAAGGCUUGUUACGUUGCUAGAGGCUUCACGUGA